GUACUAUGCAAAACUAUCUCCUCCACUCAACAAAUAGCUUCGCCGGCGAGAAAGCUAACGGAGAAGACUUUUUCAAAAUGGAAGGACUUUGUUUAACUCUUCAGCCCUUUCCCUCCUCCGCUAUUACACGGCGGCUCUCUACGUUUAACCUCCACAAUAGACUUACCAAACCCUCUUCUUGCGUUCCUCUUCGUGCUCAAAAGUCUGGAAUCACAGAAGGUUCUGAUUCAGUAUUGGAGGGUAAAGUGAGUGAUGUCAAGGUUAGUGAGCAAGAAGUGAAUAUGUAUCAGAAUGAAGUAGUUGAGAGUCAGGGUAUUAGGAUAAGGAGAAGACCACCUACUGGACCUCCUUUGCAUUACGUUGGACCUUUUGAGUUUCGCCUACAGAACGAGGGCAAUACGCCUCGUAAUAUCUUGGAAGAGAUUGUUUGGCACAAGGAUAAAGAAGUUGCUCAGAUGAAAGAGAGAAAGCCACUUUAUACUUUGAAGAAGGCUCUUGAUAAUGUUCCUCCUGCUAUAGACUUCAUUGGUGCUCUUAGAUCUGCUCAUCAAAGAACUGGGUUGCCUGGUUUAAUAGCUGAGGUUAAGAAAGCUUCACCAAGCAAAGGAAUCAUAAGGGAAGAUUUUAACCCUGUAGAAAUUGCACAAGCUUAUGAGAAGGGUGGAGCAGCAUGUCUAAGUGUUUUGACAGAUGACAAAUACUUCAAGGGAAGCUAUGAGAACCUGCAAGCUAUAAGGGAAGCUGGUGUAAAGUGCCCUUUGCUAUUGAAAGAGUUCAUUGUUGAGGCAUGGCAGAUAUACUAUGGUAGAAGCAAGGGCGCAGAUGCAGUUCUGUUGAUCGCUUCUGUGUUACCUGACCUUGACAUCAAAUACAUGAUUAAGAUUUGCAAAAUACUUGGAAUGGCUACACUUGUGGAGGUUCAUGAUGAAAGGGAGAUGGAUCGUGUUCUUGCAAUUGAAGGAGUCGAGCUCAUUGGCAUCAAUAACCGUAACCUUGAAACAUUUGAGGUAGAUCUUGGUAUCACAAAGAAGCUACUUGAAGGAGAGCGUGGCGAACUGAUCCGUCAAAAAGACAUCCUCGUGGUGGGAGAAUCUGGGUUAUUCACUCCCGAAGAUAUCGCCUUUGUACAAGAAGCUGGCGUCAAAGCAGUUCUAGUCGGUGAGUCUCUUAUCAAACAAAGCGAUCCCGGGAAGGCAAUCAGUACACUUUUUGGAAGAGAUAUCACAGAGUGAGCUCCGAGUAGAAAGCUUUUGUAUAGAGAAAAUAUUCAUUGAGUCUCUUAAAGUCUCUUUUUUUCUCAAAGUGCCAUGCUGAGUCAAGUGUGCAGAGGCUUGUGCCUUUACAUAAAUGACCAAUUUUGUUUUUUCUUGUCAUACAUACACAAUGUGUACUUAAAUUUACCCAUCAAAUGCCAAAUCUCUUCUGUA